UAUCUUAUGUUGGUCCCUUUCUUAAUCCUCAUUGCGAGCGUCAGGGCAUCCUUGUACAUAGGGUUCCCGUUCUCUGAACAAAUUCCUGACGUUGCUCGCGUGAAUGAACCUUAUAACUUUAAGAUGGCCAAUGUUACCUUCAAGUCAACUACCGGACAAGUAAUAUAUACUGCUUCUAAUCUUCCAGAUUGGCUUAAUUUCGAUGGUGAUUCAAGGGUGUUUACUGGUAAUCCAACGGAAGCCGACGUGUCUGAUAACGUCGUGAUUACCUUGAAUGGCCGUGACUCAGUGGACAACUCUACUAUAUCCGCCGACUACUCCCUUGUUGUUUCUCUGGACCCAGGUUUGGAAUUAUCAUCCAAGGACGUUAUGUUCACCCAAAUUGCCAAGUAUGGCGAUACCAAUGGAGAUGAUGGCUUGGUUGUCAAGCCUGGUGAAGAUUUUAACAUCAAAUUUGAUAGCUCUGUAUUCCAAAUGGAUCCUAAUUCAGACAGAAAGAUUGUUGCUUACUACGGUAGAUCAGCAGACAGAUCUUCGUUACCAAACUGGAUUCAUUUCAAUGCAGAUGAAAUGUCCUUUUAUGGUACAGUACCAUAUGUGACCUCUGACAUUGCACCAUCGAUCGAUUAUGGAUUUUCAUUCAUUGGAUCCGAUUACGUUGGUUAUGCUGGUGCAGUAGGUAACUUUAAGUUGGUUGUUGGUGCCCAUCAAUUGAGUACCUCCUUGAAUGAAACCAUUAAAAUUAACGGUACUUUAAAGAGUGAAUUUGAUGUUUCUGUACCAGUAUUGUCAGCUGUGUAUCUGGAUGGGAUUCUUAUUUCAAGGGAAAACAUAUCUAGUGUCACAGCCAAUGAUUUACCUUCCUAUGCCACUCUUAAUCAAGACAAUUAUACUUUAUCGGGAAGUUUCCCAGACCAAUCAACUUUUGACAAUUUCACCAUCUCAGUUCAAGAUAAGUAUGGUAAUGUUGUUGAACUCCCAUAUUCAUUCGAUGCAAUUGGUUCUGUCUUCACAGUUAGAUCAUUGCCAAACGUGAAUGCCACAAAGGGUGAAUUUUUUGACUACCAACUUUUAAAUUCGUAUUUUACAGAUAAUUCAACAAAUGUGACUGUUGAUUAUAGUAAUGCGGAUUGGCUUUCCUUUGAUGAUAAGAAUAGAACCUUCUUGGGUAUGGCUCCAUCUAACCUUGGAACUGUUUCAGUUUCAGUAAGAGCUGUUUCCGAUUAUGAUGAUGAGACGAAAAGUUUUGAUAUCAAGGGUAUUUCUGCCAAGGAUGCAUCUCUGACCUCUUCAACAACCAGUUCUUCUAGUACUUCCACUUCCUCCUCCUCGUCACUGGCAUCAUCCAGCACAUCUGCUACAGCCGCAACCGGAACCAAGAAACUGGGUGGACUUUCCAAUAAAACCAAAUUGGCAAUCGGUCUUGGUGUUGGUAUCCCAUGUUUCCUUUUGUUAAUUGCUGCAUUAUUUUUCUGCUUAUGUUGCUUUGGAAGAAGAAGGAAGAAUAGAGACAAAAAGGCAAAUGAUGCUGCCUUGGACGACGAGAAGAGAAUGCCACCUCCAACUAGUCCUAAGAUCAAUGGACCUGGUUUUGGAACAACCAUAUCUCAAGAUGAUCAUGACGAAGAUGCAAGACAAUUGACAGCUUUGAACGUUUUGAAGCUAGAUGAAAAGAAAGAUACAUCCGAUACAAAGAGUACAUCGUCUUCAAUCACACAAGUGGAAUCCGAUUACAGCUCAACAAAUUACUUUGAUGCAUCUGAAAGACCAAUCAAGUCCUGGAGAGCAAUUGACGCGUCAGAUGCGGCAGUAGCUGAAUCAAACAGGGCUAAAUUAAACAGAGCAUCUGCUGCGUCAGCUAGUACUGUGAAUACUGAGAAUUUGUUUUCUGUCAGAUUAGUUGAAGACAACAAUGUAAGAUAUUCUACUCAGACAUAUGGAUCUCAAUUCAUGAGUAGCAAUUCAUUGAACGGUUUCUUGAAAAGAGAUGACUCAGGAAAUAUCCAGAGAUUAGACAGUGAUGGUAAUAUCGUUGACCAAGAUCUUCUGCCUCGUGAAACAGUCAAGAUGUCUCGGUCGAGAUCUACCUCUUCCAAUUUAGAAAUCUUAUUAGAAGAAAAUUCAAAGGAUUAUACCAAUUCAACUGUCUAUCACAGUGCCGGAAACGUGAGUAAUGACAACAACACAGAAAACAGUUUCAAUAUGUUAUCAAAGUUUAACAAUUCAAAUAAUAGUUCAGCUGCCAACAGUGACCAACACUUGCAUGGCAAGUACUAUGACAGUGAUAAUAGUUUAGUGGAUGAAUUCAAAGCUAUUCAUGCCUCCAAUGGAGAAAUUCAAUGGUCGGAAGCCAAUACAGACAGUCAAAAUAGCAUUAUCCUUGAAGAUGGACACAAUGAUACAAUUGGGUCAUUGGAACCAUCUCCAAUGAGAGAUUCAACGAUAUCUCUCGGCACGGGUGCCGCUACUAGACCCAGCUACGAACAAAGAUACUCUUCAUCAUCUCUUGGAAAUAAAGCAAAGCUAGUUGAUUUUACCAGGAAAGGAAGUUUGAAGGAUGCCAAACAUAAGGUGGAUCAUACAUACUUCCAAGGUGAGACAGCCUACAUUCAUGAUGACGAUAGCGAGUAA